CCUUCUUCCUCCAAUUUUUUUUUUUUUCCUCCUCUCCUUUUCUUCCUCCCAAACUCUCUAUAUGCGGCCAUGGAGAACGUCAAGGCCGAGCAAGGCCUGGUGGUGAGCUUCGGCGAGAUGCUCAUCGACUUCGUGCCGACGGUCGCCGGCGUGUCUCUGGCCGCCCCCGGCUUCCUGAAGGCCCCCGGCGGCGCCCCGGCCAACGUCGCCAUCGCCGUCACCCGGCUCGGCGGCCGCUCCGCCUUCGUCGGCAAGCUCGGCGACGACCCGUUCGGCCGCAUGCUGGUAGCGAUCCUCCGCGACAACGGCGUCGUCGACGCCGGCAUCACCCUCGACUCCCGCGCGCGCACCGCGCUCGCCUUCGUCACCCUCCGCGAAGACGGCGAACGCGAGUUCAUGUUCUACCGCAACCCGAGUGCCGACAUGCUUCUCACCGAGUCGGAGCUCAAUCUUGAUCUCAUCAGAAGCGCUACAAUUUUCCACUUUGGAUCAGUAAGCUUGAUUGCAGAGCCCUGCAGAUCUGCGCAUCUGAAGGCAAUGGAGGUGGCGAAGGAAGCCGGUGCACUACUCUCCUACGACGUGAAUCUCCGGUUGCUGCUGUGGCCAUCGCCGGCGGAGGCCCGAGAGCAGAUCAUGAGCAUAUGGGACCAGGCUGACAUCAUUAAGGUCAGCGAUGCCGAGCUGGAAUUCCUUACCGGUGAGGCGGCGCCGGUCGAAGAUGAGAUAGCCAUGAAGCUCUGGCAUCCAAGUUUGAAGCUUCUCUUGGUCACCAUUGGAGAAAAGGGAUGCAAAUACUACGCAAAGGAUUUCCAUGGAGUCGUCGAAUCCUUUGCUGUCCAACAGGUGGAUACAACAGGAGCAGGUGAUGCAUUCAUGGGUUCAUUGCUGCGCAAGAUCGUUGAGGACAAAUCAGCUUUGCAAGAUGAGAAGAAAUUGAGGGAAGUACUGAGAUUUUCCAAUGCAUGUGGGGCAAUCACCACUACCAAGAAGGGAGCAAUCCCUUCUUUGCCAAAUGAAUCAGAGGUCAUGCAAUUACUGGAAAGAGUGUGAGGCAUAUCAAGAUUACUACUGGUCUCAUGUGUCCCCUCUAUACAAAUGUGCUGUAAUUUGAUUUGCAAAUGCGUGCAAGCAAGAAAUGCUUCAACUUAUUAUGGCCCUUUUUCCCUUUUCUCAAGGCACUGUAAUCCCCCCCCCCCCCCUCCAAAUGCAAGCCCCUGUAAUUUGAUUUGCACUUGUGAGAAAUAGUGCUUCGAUCCAUGGCUUUUGUAACCUUCUCUUAAUAGCAUUACAAGGAAGUGUAAUAUCGCUGUGAGAGCAAGCAUAUAAAUUGUUGGGUGGAAAGAAGUAUGUAUGCCAUGCAAUGAAAUAGCUGUACAUAUUUUUGCAUACAAAGCAAAA